CAUCGUCCGUCUCUCUCUCUGUUCUCUGUUCUCUCUCUCUCGCCAUCAUCGGCCACCCAUUCUUCUUCACCUGCGAACCUCUUCCUUGUCGAUACACUCCUCUCUGUCUUUAGGCCCUCCAAAUUUUUCGUGCUUCUGAGUGAUGGGUGUGACCUGCCGGUGCUCUCACACGUCCCACAUCACCGAGAUCAUCAUGACCAGCUUCUUCCGCCACAAGUCUUAAGUCCUCCAGCCCUCCAAGUUCAACAGACUCCGCCUUCUGCUUCACCCGAUGGGAUCCAGUUAGAAACCAAUUCGACCCAGAAAAAAAAAAAAGUACUCGGAUCGUCCAUGGCGGGCGGUGGUUGUGGGGGUUCGGCGAUCUCGCCUUUGCUUAAGAACCAACGAGUCUCUCCCUCUUCUGACGCCUUUCUCUUUUACGGGUCUUCUUUCUCUCUGGGAUCAAGAUCCAUGGUGAGCUUCGAAGACGCUAAUGGUGUGAACGUGUCGAAGAAUUCCUUUUUCCAAGCGUUUGAUCACCAUGAACUUGGGGAGGAAGACCUGGACGAUUACUUCCAUCAACCCGAGAAGAAGAGGAGGCUAACGACCGAGCAGGUCCAUUUCCUCGAGAAGAACUUCGAACUGGAGAACAAGCUCGAGCCAGAAAGGAAAAUCCAACUCGCUAAGGACCUUGGUUUGCAGCCCCGGCAAGUUGCCAUAUGGUUCCAGAACCGCCGGGCCCGAUGGAAGACCAAGCAAUUGGAGAAGGAAUACGAUGAUCUGCAAGCUAGCUAUAACAGCCUCAAGGCUGACUGCGACAGUCUUCUCAAGGAAAAUGAUCAGCUGAAAGCCGAGGUUCUUGUCCUCACGGACAAGCUUCUUAUCAAAGCAAGAGGAACGACAAAUUCCAAACCGUCCAACACAUCAUCUCAUGGACCACCAGAGAAUUCCAUCGCCUGUUCCGAGGGCGAAGAAGAGAGAAUUUCGACGGUGCCCUUUAAACCGGAAGAUAUCUGUCCGGGCAAAAGCGAGAUAUUGGAUUCCGACAGUCCAAAUGGUGGCUAUUCUCCGCUAAUAGAGCAUGGUGAUUCUUCCUAUGCUUUCGAGCCCGACCUUUCGGAUUCCUCCCAAGACGAUGAAGACGUGCAGAACGAGAGCCUGCAGUAUCCGUGCAUCUUCCCGAAGCUAGAAGAGACUCAAGAUGAUUAUCCCAUCCCAUCCACAAGCUCAUGCCAUUUCGGAUUCGCUCCUGAAGAUCAAGCCUUCUGGCCCUGGCCUUACUAAGCAAUAUCGGUAUCCCUUUGCUUGUUUCUUCCAAGAAACUGGACUUUUUGUGAAUUAUGACUAUAAAUAAGCAAUCAAGUUCAUCGAUGGUGCUCAAUG